UUAUAUGGUGGGUAAAUGACACUGCGCAAAAUCAUCACCAUUAAAACGUUUAAAGUGAAGCAAAGUUUUGGAAGAAAUACAUUUCAGAUGUGGAAUGAUCUCAAAAAGUCCGAUUAGGAUUAUAUAAAACAGUACAAAUUUUAUAGUUUAAAUAAUGAUAGAAUGUACUGUUUGUGAGCAUUUGGAUAGUAAAUUUCACAAAGACGACUCUGCUAUGUCGAUAAAAAUACCCUAGUUCGAUCAUGGUAUGGUUGCGUGUAUAGUUUCUGUGAAUUAUCUCCUUUCGGAUUUUAAUUAACUCGCUCAGAAAUGGGUUCAGAAAAGCGACACUUCGUUUCAACGACUUUGGCGGAUUACGCUAUAGACAAAAAAGGCGGUGCGCCUUACUAUGAGGAUGGUCGGAACUAUGACGCUAUGCAAACUGCCAAGGCCAUCUACUACCAGAAUCCGCAGAAAUACGAGGCAGAGAGAAAGAACUUUACGUAUUCCCAAAAGAGUUAUGGGACUUCACACAGGACCACUCGUAACACAUACUCGGGGCGGGUUGAGGUCGUCAUUGAACACUGGACCGGUUGUACGAACCAGGGCGUAGCAGACGACAUUCGGAUGGCCGUGGAAGAUAACUUCCGGGAUGUUAAGUUCACCGAGUUCAUAGGAAGAAUUGAUUCAUUCGAGGUGUUUGUAAACGGUAAGCUGCUGUACUCCAGAGUUAUGCAAGGCGGCUAUCCGUACGAAGAAGAGGUAUUGGAAGCCAUUUGGCGUGCCAAACAUGGAAAGGAAAUCUACCAAGUGGACAGAUUUGGUGGCUCCAGUGCAUGCCACGUACUUUGAACUAUCCUCGCUUUGAUAAUGCUCAUUUCAUUUUAUGCUCUGAACCACAUUUUAUUUAUUUAUUUAUUAUGAUUUUUUUCUUCUUUUGAAGUAAUCUGCUAUAUUGUGUAUGUUUUUUUAAUUCUAAAUGCGAUCGUGGUAAAUAGUGUAUUAUAUAGUAUAGUAGUAUGUAAUCAUCCUGUGAAAGAAGUCAAUUAAGAUGUUUUAAUAUUUUAUUAUGAUAAAAAAACAAGGCAUUGUUUCCUACACUUUCCGUACUUGUGACCAUUCACAUUUAUUGUUCAUACGGUAUACGUUUAUGCUGUUAAACUGAUGACGUAUGAAAAGUUUCCAUAAUGACGUAUGGAAGGUUUCCAUGAUGACGUAUGAUAGGUUUCUAUGAUGACGUAUGAUAGGUUUCCAUGAUGACGCAUGAUAGGUUUCCAUGAUGACGUAUGAUAGGUUUCCAUGAUGACGUAUGAUAGGUUUCCAUGAUGACGUAUGAUAGGUUUCCAUGAUGACGUAUGCAAAUUAGCAGAAAUAGUAUGCAGGGUGUCAGUAGUUGUAAAAUGAGUUGCUUGUAAAUGCAAAUAUUGUUUUAAAAUUAUAAAGGCGAUGUAUGUAAUGUGAGUGUUUCUUGACAGAAUGGGGCUUGAGACUAAAGAUUUAACCAAGAAUGUCAUGAACCACUGAACAAUUUGAUAGAGAAUGGUUGCUGAUAUCUGUGUCAGGUCGUAUUUUAUUUCACAAAUGUCAUAUAUAAAACACAUUAUCAUGAACCACGAGUGUAAAGUUUUUCAAUAAAAACGAGUGAAAUAAAAUUCCAUCUUACACAGAAAUCAACACAUGUUCUGUUUCUUUUAUACUUAUUUUCGGAGAUGAUUUAGUAUUUUAAUGUAUUUUUCUAAAUACCGCCUUUUCGGAAUACCCUUUACAAUCCGGCAACCUGUGGGAGCACCUCAGAUGAAAUUUAAUUGUCGACCACGUAGACUAUUGGCCAUACGCCGGCUUGUGGAGAAAUAGUUCUCCAAAAUUAUUUUUCAAAGAUUUUUUUUACUUGUGUUUCAGUGCAGACAUUUUGUGACCAUUCAUCAAUACUUGUUUAUUUAUGCCUCGAAGUUCCAAAUAAAAACAG